AUGGCAGCUGGAAAUUAUUAUGGUGCAAACGCUUGUGCCUUUUCACCAGCCUCUUCAUCUGAAGCCAUAACCACUGGUUCUACGAAUAUUGAUGAUAUGAUUUCAAAAUUUUCUAAUGUUGGUCCUUGUAUUGAUAUUUUCGCACCAGGAGAGGAUAUUUAUUCAACAUGGAUUGGAUUACAUGGAUCAAAAUUAUUGUCUGGUACAAGCAUGGCAUCUCCCCAUGUUGCUGGUGCCAUAGCAUUAAUCAUUAGUGAAAAAGGUAAUAUGUCACCAGAAAAAAUGAAAUCAAUGAUAGUAAAAUUGGCUACUCGUGGUGUAUUGAAAAAUACAGAGUCAACCAAUCCACCUUCUCAUAAUAAGUUGUUAUAUGUGAAUAUUUGA